GUCAUGGUAAGACCGUUGAUCAGUGCCACUUCAUUGUGCAAGCAGCUGUUCUCAUCAACAUUGCCAAUAAAGUUGGCUGAUCUCAGGAUGGUGCGCGCUGUAGAAAUUCACAAAACCGGACCUCCCGAUGUUUUAAAGCUUACAAACGACUACAAGAAGCCAAAAAUCGUCAGUGGACAGGUCCUCAUCCGACAGAUAAGUACUUCCGUAAAUCCAGUUGAUUACAAAGUACGGUCUGGGCGCGCCGAAAAACUGCCAAAGGUGUUGGGUGGCGAUGCAGCAGGGAUCAUAGCAGAGUCACUUUCAUCCAAGUGGAAGGAGGGCGAUCGUGUCUUUGCAUUGACCCCUGGGUUCCGCUGGGACACAGAUGAAUAUGGGUCAUAUGCAGAGUACACUGCCAGCCACGAAGACUGGCUGGCGCUUGUCCCAUCCACUCUUGCGCUAGACAUUGCAGGGGGUGUACCUUUGGUAGCCCUGACUGCAUUCCAGGCUCUGGAAUCUGGUGGGCUGCAGCCAGGGAAGGGGCGGGUGCUGGUGCAUGCUGGAGCUGGCGGCGUGGGCCACUUUGCAAUCCAGCUGGCCAAGGCGCACUGGAAGGCUUUUGUGGUCACCACAGGAUCCACCAAGAACCAGGAGUUCCUCAAGGAGCUGGGUGCGGAUGAGGUUGUCGACUACCAGACAGAGGACUUUGCAGCGAAGUACAAGGACAAGCCCUUUGACCUGGUCAUUGACGCAGUAGGAGGUGAUGUGGAAGACAGGAGCUACACUGUGCUUACAGAGACAGGCACUUAUCUGCACAUCUUCAGCACCCACACUGACCCAAAGAAGAUUGAGGCCGGGAAAGCCUGGACCGGCCGCAAGUAUGAGACAACUCUGGUUGUUCCAAAUGGUGAGCAGCUGCAGAUCGUCGCGGGCUACUUGGAGCAGGGAUCUGUGAAGCUGGUUGUGGACAAGAUCUUCCCGUUGGAGCAGAUCAGGGAAGCACAUGAAUACGCUGAAAACAAGCAAGGAAGGGGGAAGAUUGUGGUGCAGAUCUCCAAAGAGUGAACCUGCUCCCGCGAGACCAUCAGUGCUGACUUGAAUGUUUGCUGUACUGAAGUUAUGGACAUGCGUUCCACAUUCAACUCCAGUAUUAAUUGUGGUUGACGCUGUGGGUCAUCAGUAAACCUCAGACACUAAGAAUUGUAGUAGCUUUUCUUUCUGGUACAGAUUUGCAACCAGUUCUCGAUUGGGGCCCGACUGUCAGGCUGGUGCCAGCACUGUAGAAUUAACCAUAUGGCAUGCACUGGUUGGGCCCCGGCUGGCGAGGGGCAAGUGAAGUAUUGAGCACCGUGCCCACGAUCGAUUGGGUUUUACUAAGAUCUGGCGAAUC